CUGAGUGACAGCUGCAGGCUUGUUUUUAUCCUCCCGGAGACGAAAUUUAAAGGUUCUCAAAGUCCAGAAGAAAAGAACAAAGAAGAAAACCGAAAAGGCUUUAAAGGACCGGAAGAAGGUUUUUCCUGCACUUCCGGGGAAGAAAGGCGGAGAGUGAUCGUUUGCCCUCAGGCUGCGUCUCUGCAGGAUGUGAGAGAAGAACCGCAGCAGAGAACGAAGAGCGAGUUUUUAAAGAUCGACGGACGGGACAAACAUGGCUCUGUUCUUCUCCGGCGCCGUCACAAGUUCUCCAGUCAAGCGAAGGCUGAGGAGCAGUCACUGUCAGAGCCUCGAUGUGUCUCUGCUCUCUCCUGACUCCUCCUACGUCUGUUACACCUCGGCGGACGGAGGCGAGCCCUGCAGCUACCGCCGCUCGCCACGCCUUCUCACCAACGGAUACUAUGAUGUCACUGAGGACAGCUUCUCCUGGGACGACGAGGGAAACGUGUCGCUGACGCCCUGCAAAACCAGCGUCUCUUACAAGGAGAACCUGUACAGGGUUUUCCGGCGCAGACGGCGGCCUCGCAGCUCGCUGGUUCGCCUGCUGAGCGACGUCAGGGAGAGCUGCCAGUCGUGGCUCGAUGAGAAAGUCUUCAGAGGUGUUUUUGGAACAGUCUGCAGCCAGGACCGGAAGCAGGAUGUAGACCUGGACCGGGACCAUGAGCUGGACUGGUCCGGGAGCAGCCCCGAUGGCCCGGCCGCUCUGGACGAGUCCUGGUCUCCGCUCAACAGCACCGAGGUGGACGAGAGCCGCGGCUUCACGUACGACCCCACUGAUGUCCCGCCUCCUCCUGACAAAGAAGCCCCGCCCCCAAACAUGCUGAUCCAUGAGGACAUUUGUUCUGAGAUCUGUCAAUCAAAGGAGCGCUUCACCCAGUCGCUGGGCAGCCUCUCUGAAGUCCUGCCUCCUUCACCUUUCUACACCAAUACCUGCUGCUGUCAGGUGUCACCUGAGCACACAGGGUUAACGAUGAAGGCCCUCCUCCUCCUCGUCUUCACCGUCUUCAUCGUCACGGCUCUGUGCUCAGGGUGUUUGUGGUGGAGCGCCUCUGUGACAUCAGCUGUGUUCAUGAUGAUCGCAACAUUUAUGCUCCUGACGAAGUCGGGCCCGCUGGGCGAGUGGAGGCGAGCAAAGACGGAGGACAUCACAUCGAGAAACGAGUAAAGAAAAGCGUCAGGAGGAAGAGAAGAGGGAGAAGAGGUCGGACGGGACCGAGCAGAAACGUAUACUCAUUAUUAUUUCAUUUAAUGUUUGCAUGCAAGGUGCACAAAAUAAUCUGAGCUCCGGAAAACGUUUGACAGCGAACACUUCUGCUUUUGAAGCAUUUCUGCGCUCGAAAUCCAGAUUUAGCACAGAGCAGACCGACUGCGCUUUAAACCGUAUGUUUGAUUCUGCAGCUAAACACAUGUUGUUGCUGCUGUUGAAGGAGCUCAGUGGCACAUGUUAGCGUAGCUUAGCAGCUCAGAAAGCUGAAAAACUAAAUGUACCUGAUGUAUUUUUAGCACUUCUUUCUCUGGUUUGUAGCUGACCUUGGCUUCUUUGAGCGUUCCAAUGUGACCAAACUUCAGACAUUUAACGUCUGCAAAACAAAUUCAGGGUUAAAGGGCAAAAAAAAAAGAUUUUAAAAUAAGAGCUGUGACUUUUUUUCUAAAAACCAAAUGCACAAAAAUCACCUGGAGGUUAUAAAAGUGCAAUUUUCCUUCAGGGGAAACAGAUUGAAGAGUUUUACUCCAAAAUAAAACAUCCACAAACACAGAGCAGGAGGAUUUUCACAUUAAAGGGGCAUCAGCUCAGAAUUUAUUGUGAAAAUCUGAUGGUUUCCUGGUAAUCCACCAUACUCCCAAACAAUAACUUUACGAAUCUUCUCAGGACCGUUUAGAACAUCCUGAUAUAGAGGAGGACGGAGGAGGAAUUGUUCAAGUAUUUAAGGAAGGUCCUUAAAUACUCAGUCUCCUCAAACCUGAGCAAGAACUCCUAAAUCUUCCCUAAACACCGGAGCUACUGCCUUUAUAUCUUCCCAAACUUCCUUAGACAAGAACCUCCUCAUUGGAUCCCAGAGUAGGUUUCCACUGGUUUAAGAUGCAUUUGGUCAUUUCCAGGCCACUACUAACCAUGUGAGGUUAUUAAAUUAGGGAACUAUUCCUUUAAUUUGCAAUGAAGCCUGUGAAUCUUUGUGUAUCUUUGUGAGGAACUUUUUCUCUGCAGCAUUUUGUGGUAACACUCUUCAGCUGUGAAGUGCCUUCAAUCAGCCAGCAGUGCUCAAACGCUGAGUAUCAAUUAUAAUAAAGAGAUGCUGCUGAAACGCCAGACCUGUCGAUCUAAGUUUGGGCUCUGAGUGGGUUCAUUCACUCUGUUUACUUGGCUGCUUCUUGGGAGUCUUAGUUGUGGCCUAAUGGUACAAAUGUAAUCAGAGCAGGUCUGCGCGAAGGUUCAAACACAUUUAAACCUCUUUUUUUUUUAAGGAAAUUUGUCGUUUUAAGGAGCAAUAAUUCUGGGAAAUGGAAGAAACUCAACAGUGAGCUGGGAGAACGUUUGUGGAUCUGGGAGCGAGUCUUUAAGGUCACAAUCAAAGGGGAACAAAAGCAGAGAUGGAAAGUGAAGUGAUUCCUCCUGGAGGAAAAAAGGAAGCUUUAUGGAGAUAAAACCAAGUACUGGAACGCUUCGAGGCGUUUUACUUUUUAAAAACGUAAUCACGUUUGGGCCUCAAACUACGCCAAGAGUGGAGAAGGAGACGAUCUGUGUGUCGGCUCCUCCGGCAGCACAGAUCAGCUCCUCCUGUGGGAAAUGUUUGUGUGAUAAAGUUUGUGGAAACCAACCAGAGGAGCAGAGACAUGUUUAAAUCUUCAUGCUGCGGAUCAUCUGAUGCCUACAGGAUAACGUGUGACCAUCAUGCUGUGGUUGAGUCACACUGGUCUGUCGGUUAAAGUAGUUAAACACAAAUUUAAGGUGGAGAUCCACACCUGGAACGUUCUAAUAUGAUGCGACUUUUCCUGUCAUAAAGAUGGAAAUCUUUUCCAUCACUAACAUCCUUCUCGUGGGACGUGAGAGCAGCAUCGAAUCUGCAGCAUGAAGGGUUAAAACGGUCACACCAGGUCAGACAUGCAGAAACUCCCCCAAGAACCUGUUGUCCACGUUACUUUGGGGGCUAAAUCUGAUCAGCCAGCUGUUAGCCACCAUCUCAUAAUGUGGUUGAAAGAAGAAAACAAAAAAACCUAUCUACCGAGACAUUUUCUAUUGACGAGAGUUUUGGUAUUGCCAAAUCUAAAAGCUGGUUAAAUAUGGAUAAAAAGUAAAAAUCAGCAAGUCGUUUCAAUUUUUUGUUAGGUGUCUUUUUCCAGUCUUUUCUGGUUUUACUUCAGUCAGUUCUCAAAGUUUCUUACAAGUCUGGAAAAGUCUUUUAUAACUAUUUUUUUCCACUGUGUGGGACAUUAAUUUAAAUGAAAAAGAUUUAAAUUAACACCGUGACAGUUGAGUUAACAACUAGCAUGCUUGCUAGCCAGUAUGCACUAAUGCUAGCCCAACUCUUUUUAAUUGAUUUUAUUCAAUAACAAAAGUUAAAAUUGCAUUAAAAAGGAGGUUUCACCUGCUUGCUAGCUUUAUAACAGUCUUUAUGGUGGUUUCCAUCCAGAGAUUUUUUUUUUUUAACCUUAUCUUUAAAAAAAAUAAAAAAAUAGAAACUCGGUGCAAUCAAAACAGAAUCGAGUAAAUCAAGAUGUAAAUGAAAAUUGAAGGGACGGCGUACAACACUUCAGUGUUUAACCAUGUCCUGAAGAUAUCAUGUUAGCUGUUAGCUUGUUAUACUUUCUAGGAUUAAUAACAAUCCGGUCUUUAAGUCUGACGUCAUUUCUGGGUCCAAAUGCUCCUAAAUAAACAGAAAAGGCAUAACCAGUGACUGUUCACUAUUAAAGAAGACUGUUAUUACUAUUAUUAAUUCUUUAUUUAUGCAGGAAAAUCUCUUGAGACUUAUUGUCUCAUUUACAAGAGAGACCUGUAGCAUUCUUUAUCAACUGCAGCCUUUUCCACUUCUCUUUCUCGUGGCUAAAAUCACAGCUGAGUGUGCUUUUUUUUUUUUAGUCAGAUCGGUUAAAACAACCAGGGACACAGCAUUGCAGCAUAUUGAUCACCUGACAGUUUGGACCUGGAAAUGGAAUUCUACGUCAUCACUUAACAACCAGAUUUAAAUAUUGAUAAAAUCUUUAUAAAACUGUAGUGUGCCAUUAUUCAUAUUUUCUUUGCUGAUUUUCUCAAAGGUUCACAGAAUCUUGUACCAAAUUUUGAUGGAAACCCAGCUAUAAACUAGUUAGUUAAAUUGCUAAUGAGAAAAUAAAGUUAUAAUGUUCAUCAAGUGAAUAAGCUAUGCUAGCGUCCUCAAUUUUGGCUAAUCAAAGUUCAUCACUAUUUAAGGGGCACAUAUCAUGCUUUUAAAUCCUUCCUUUUCAUAUGUAAAUCAUUCAUUUGUGGUCUAUAUAAAGUAGAACUGCAAUGCUUUGGUCUGAAUUCCUCAUUAUUGUAGCUCCACACACCCCUCUUUCACACCUUUUCUGAGGCGCGUCUUAGAGCAGCUCAUUUUGGUGCGCUCUCUACUGAUGUGCGAUACCGCAUCAAUCCGAUACCAAGUAACUACAGGGCCGGUAUCACAGAUACUAUUACCGAUACUCAUACUUUUUAAAAACUAUGAAGAAUAAGAAUUGUUGAACAAUGUGCUGUGUGGCAUAACUGAGCUUGGACUACAAAAUUGCUGCGAGAAAAAAGUGGUGGAUUCACAAAAAGCAAAUACUGUGACGUAAUAGACAAGAAAGCAUAACAAGGAAUAGAGAAAAUGGAACAGACUGAAAAAUAUGACCCAAAAAGAAUAUAAAGAUAUCUACGCAGCACCAGGACAGAAUGCAUUUAAAUUUCUUUACUUUACUUUAUUCAUUUUUAAAGCACUUUAAAAACAGAAACUGCAACAAAGUGCUGUACAAUAAAAUAAGAAAACACCAAGAGCAGAAACAAAAACAAUAAAAACAGACAAUAAGAAUCUCAUUGUGUAUUAAAAGCCAAAGAAUAAAAAUGCGUCUUAAGAAGGGUUUUAAAAGCUGACAGUGAAGGGGCACUCCUAAUGUGUAAUGGCAGGUCAUUCCAUAACUUAGGGGCAACAAUACUAAAAGCUCUAUCUCCUCUGUGCUUCAAUUUUGACCUCGGUACCUCUAGGAACAGCUGAUCAGCUGAUCUGAGGCAGCGAGUUGGGCGAUGUGGAUUAAGUAGCUCAGAGAGAUAGGAUGGAGCCAGCACAUGCAAACAUUUAAAUACAAGUAAAAGAAUUUUAAACUGAAUUCUAAAACAUACAGGCAGCCAAUGUAGAGAAGCCAAGAUAGGAGUAACAUGCUCCCUCCUCCUAACCCCAGUCAGAAGCCGAGCAGCAGCAUUCUGAACUAACUGGAGGCGCUUAAGGGAGGACUGGCUAAUUCCAAAGUAAAGAGCAUUACAAUAAUCAAGCCUAGUUGUAAUAAAGGCAUGAAUCACCAUUUCAAAAUGCUGCUUUAAAAGAAUUGGCUUAACCUUUGCUAACUGUCGUAAAUGAUAAAAACAAGACUGAACCACUGCUCCAACCUGGCGGUCUAAUUUCAGAUCUGUAUCAAUUUUAAAGCCCAGGUUAGAAACAGUCUGCUUCAAAUAGGACGCCAGAGGCCCCAGGUCAAUUAUAGAUGUAUCAUGUGCACUACUCGGACUAAACACCAUCACUUCUGUUUUUUUAUCAUUAAAGUUAAGAAAGUUUAAGGCCAUCCACGCUUUGAUGUCCUCAAGACAUCGCAAUAAUGACUCGAUCGAGAGGGCACCUUUCUUUAGGGGCAAAUAUAUUUGACUGUCGUCAGCAUAGCAGUGGAAAGAAAUCCCAUGCUUUCUGAGUAUUGAGCCCAAAGGAAGCAGAUAAAGAGAGAAAAGUAGUGGCCCAAGGACUGAGCCCUGUGGAACCCCGCAAAGUACAGGAGCGGAUAAGGAUUCAGCAUCAGCAAUUUUUACUGACAUGGUUCUGCCGGACAAGUAAGACCGAAACCAUUUUAAUACAGUACCACAAAAACCAAGUUGGGUUUGUAAACGAGAUAAUAAAAUACUGUGGUCUACCGUAUCAAAAGCAGCGGUUAGGUCAAGGAGAACAAGGACAACAUAGUCACCAGAAUCAGUAGCCCUAAAUAUAUCAUUCAGGACUCUCACCAAGGCCGACUCCGUGCUAUGCUGGGAUUUAAAACCAGAUUGAAAAACCUCCAUAAUAUUUUGUUCAUCCAAAAAGGGCUUGAUCUGGGAAAGGACGAUUUUCUCUAAUAGUUUAGAAAUAAAAGGCAGUUUAGAAAUGGGUCUAAAAUUUGCCAAGACACUCUGGUCAAGGCUGGGUUUCUUAAGAAAUGGCUGCACCACUGCAUGCUUAAAGCUUGCAGGAACAGCACCUGACAACAAGCUACUAUUUACAAUAGUAAGAAUGGACUGACCAACAGUAGAAAAGGCUUCCUUAAGAAAAUGAGGAGGAAUAGAAUCACGAGGCGAGCCUGAUGGCUUAAUAUGUUCAACUAUAUCCUGUAAGAAGGUCAGAUCCACAGGUUCAAAUUUAUCUAACACAGCUGAACAAGAAGCCAUACAAGAAGGGUCAUUUGCAGGUGGCAAAGUAGGGGUUCUUACAGUAGCAACCUUGUCUAUAAAAAAUUUCAUAAAGUCUUUACAUGUAUUAGAACAAACUUCCAGAGGAAGAACUUGUGAGACAUUAAAAACAGAGUCAAUCGUUUUGAACAAUACAUGCGAGUUAUUUUGAUAAGACACAAUAAUUUUGGAGAGAUGAUCUCUUUUAGCGUCCUUAAUGGCGUUCUGGUAAUGACACCAACAGUUCCUAAGAAACUGCAAAGAGGCCCGCAAUUUAUCGUUUUUCCAUUGUCGUUCUGCUCUGCGACAUAUUCGCUUGGCAGCGCGAACUUUAUCAUUAAACCAAGGCUCAGGUUUAACUUUGGACUGCAUGAGUUUCAUAGGGGCCACCAUGUCCAAAAUACUCUUACAAGAUGCAUCUAACCAAAGACUUAGUUGCUCUGUAUCUAAGUGUAUCAUUUAAAUUUCCUGCACUGCUACACACUCAAAGUGCACAAAAAACUGUAUUUAAGGGCUAAAACAGUGGAUUUUGCAUAUGUCUCCUUUAAAACUUUUAGUAUAUUGACUUGCUGUUAAUUACUACCAGCACAAUUAAAUUUAAAAUGAACAAGUGUAACAGUUUAAUGGUGUUCAGUGCUGGUGUGACCGAACCUUAAAAGGUUAAUUAUUUCUCCGUCUGUAUGAAUCGGGAGUUACUGUUUAUAUUCAACUCAAAGUGCCAAAUUUGGUUAAAGAUAACAUUUCAGGUGAUGUAUUACCAUAUGUAUUUUAUCAAUGAAUAAAAAAAUCUAUAUGUUGUACUAAUAUUUUUAAUAAUCCUCUACUUGACUUUAUAUUUAAAGCUGGACUCAAUCAUUUUUGUAUAAAAACAAUGGAUCAAAUGAAUCUGUGUAAUGUGAAAGGUUCUGAUGUAACCUUUCAAACACCAGCUGUACAACACUUUUUAGCCCCUUUUAAAUCCUAGUUUUUGGCUUCAUGGUCAGAAAUCUGCAUUUUCCUGGUGUUGGAGGAGACCAAACCAGAGCUAAAAUCCCUGCAGCUUUAAAUAAAGUUCAAUGUGGAUCAAGUUUUUUUUUUUUUUUUUAAAUAAUUGUCUUCUAAAUAAAUUUAGAGUAAAAGAUAGAAAACUCCUGCGGGGGGGCAUUUAAAUAGAUUUUAAGGAGAAAUUUUAGAUUCUAUGUGGUGCAGCUACUGAAUAUGACGUUACUGUGGUUGUAAAUAGUUGUUUUUUUUAUUUCUACUGACUGCACUUAUUUCCAAAAGUGGAACUCUGCUUGUGACCGCACUUAUUUUACCUGGUUUCACUGUAUUUUAUUGUACUUUAAGUAUCUGGCAGUUAAACUGUAAAAUUUCACCUUAAACGAGACGCAGACUCAAAUUUAUUUUGAACUUAGAUUGAGCAAAGGAACAAAUUCUGAAUGUACAAAAGUGAAUUAGUGUGAAAAUCAGCUUCAGAUGACUGUUUAAAGAUGAAGUUGUCUUUUUCUCUUAGUGUUGAUCACUGUGGUUCAGUAUGUAAAUCUGCCUUUUCGGCCUGUUGGUGGCGCUGUUUUGAGGCUGAGCUUUUACAGUAUUUAGCAUUUUGUCAGCUAUUUUUAGUUUCAGCUAAAGUGAAUGUUUAUGAUCCAUUAAACUACAUAAAAA